GAGGGCGGAGGGCGGCUGAGCUGUCCUCGCCCUGCAGAGUUGACAACACCAAUCGGACUUCGAUGAAUCUCAAACCUAGAAACAUUGACAGCGUGCACAGAGAUGACUGCAGCCACUGCUGCUGUGCACAGUCCAACUCUGAUUCAAACUGUUUAAUAUGAAAAACACAGUCAAAACCUGCCUUCAGCUUCAUCAUCAUCAUCCCCAGCUUCAUCUGUGCUGCUCCCUAUCUCUUUAAUUCGCUCUCUCACUCUCUAUAUAGUCAGUUUGAUUGAGUAUCUUUUUCUCUCUUGUGUGCUCAGCAACAGCCUCCCACCUCACCCACACCCACACCCACACACACACACACACACACACACACCUCCCAGUAUGCGGCUGCCUGAACUCGUGAAACAUUCUGCAUGAGGCGACUGGUACUCUGGAUUCUUAUGAUCCUUCAUUUUUGAGUGUCCCCUCCUUCAGAGUGUGAGGGGGACGGGCUCCCCAGUGGUUACGGAUCCAGGGACUCCAUCCUCAGGCCUGGGUCAAAGAAGGACUGGAAAAGACGAAGGCGUGAGCAACUGAGGCGGAUUAGCAGCUCGGGCAGCUGGGAUCCAGGCCACACCAGUCCUGAGGCUGGCAAAGAGGAAGAGCAUCCUUCGUUCGGACUGAGUGGAGGUGCAGCUAUGCGCUGCUCCACCCUGCUCGGCAUCCUCACGGGGGUGCUUCUUUACUUGGUGCUGGGAGCCGUGGUGUUUCGCGCCUUGGAGGCUCCGCUAGAGGAGAACAAGCACAUAGAGCUGCAGGAAACACGGCGGGACUUCUUGAUUAACUUUACAUGCGUUGGCCCAGACAACCUACAGACCCUCAUAGAGGAAGUGGUGGAUGCCCUCGGUGCAGGUGUGGAUCCCAGCAGCAACGUCACCUUUGUCAGCCAAUGGGAUCUGGCCAGUGCCUUUUUUUUCUCAGGGACAAUCAUCACAACCAUCGGUUUUGGAAACAUCUCCCCCAAAACAGAAUGGGGGAAGCUGUUUUGCAUUUUCUACGCACUGGUGGGAAUCCCGAUGUUUGGUAUCCUGCUCGCUGGAGUUGGAGACCAUCUGGGUACUGGGCUGAGGAAAGCUGUUGCCAAAAUAGAGACUCUCUUCCGGAAAUGGCGAGUUAGUCCAACCAUUGUGCGAGUGAUCUCAGCCGUCCUGUCCAUCCUGCUAGGUUGCCUGCUCUUUGUCGCAGUGCCUAUCCUGGUUUUCCGAGAGGUGGAGCAGUGGACUCUUCUGGAGUCGGCCUAUUUUGUAGUUAUCACUCUGACAACGGUCGGGUUUGGAGACUAUGUUGCAGGGGAUUCUGGAAACGAGGGCAGUGACCACUGGUAUAAACCUUUAGUGUGGUUCUGGAUCCUCCUGGGUCUUGCCUACUUUGCAUCCAUCCUGACGAUGAUUGGUAACUGGCUUCGGGUUUUAUCUAAGAAGACCAGAGCUGAGAUGGAGGAACUCCGAGCCCACGCCACCGACUGGACACAAAACAUCCAGAAUAUGUCGGUGGAUUUUCGCAUUCCAGGAAAAAUCGAUGACCCUUUCAAACGCCGCCGAAGAAAGCGCCGCCAUGGUGGUCGAAGCCAUGGUCACAGCGUGUCAGCUAACGGGGAACCUGAGGGGAAAGAAGAGCAGCAUGGAAGUCAAUCAGCGUCUGGAUCGUACUCUUCUUCUUCGUCCUCCUCUAAUGAAUCAGGGUCUGGAACAGAAACAGACUCUCAGGCCACUCAGACGGAGCGAGUGCCUGAAGAAAAGGAGGCCGCAGAGCCUGAAAAGAAAGAGACUCUUCCACAACCCCACCUGUCUCAGCCUCUGGACUACUUUGGGGAGAACCUUGCGUUUAUUGACGAGUCUUCAGAUGCACAGAGUGGCAAACUACAUUUGGAUCCUCUGCUGGAUACAACACAAUCCAAAUCUUCACGCUCUCGUCAGCCCAAGAGGAGACGCCACAGGAGACCUGUUCCACAGAGAAGCCCCAAAGACAACAGCUCCGAAACUGACAAGAAGGAGCCCAACGGAAACCCAAAACCAGUUCCAGGUCUACCACUGAAGCCUUAAGAUCGAAGCUGAUUACAGAAACUCCACUGCUAGCACAAGUAUCGACUUGAGAGAUAUGAGAUGCGUUCAUAAUCUAAAAGAGGAGUUCUCAGUGUAGCAAUUUAUUUGUGUAUAUGUACCGCUUACUUACGGACACUUAAAAUGAAAACACGUUGCAGAAGCCUUGUGGUUUGCAUUUAAUGCUCUUAGCAUGCGAGUGUGUAUGCCUCAAUCAAAGAUGAUGAAGUGAUUUUUAUGCCAAUGUUUCCAUUAAUUUCUGAGGAGUUACUGCUCUCUACUGGGCCAAGACAGUAAUGCACUAACAUGUCUCUCAACAUGAGGACCUCCUGCCUUUUACUAAUCCAAAGAGUGCAAGAAAGAGCAACCAAAAACCAGAAACUUUCCACAGCGGCGUGGUGCUCAUGUUGAAGAGAAAUUUCUUUGGUCUGAGACAGUUACUCUUGAAUCCUGCCAAGAAUUAAACGGGUACCAAACAUGCGCUUGUACAUUUUUGGUAUGUAACACAACUUUUUUUAAAUACUGUGUACAACCAGACCACAGUACUUGCAUUUUCAUCGCCAAAUACAUUCACCCUAUUGUACUGCAUAUAUGUAAUAAAGGUUUUUUUUUAUUUUAUGAAGCAGCAGCAGCACUGUUUCUUAAAAGGAACAAAGCUGGGGUCAAGUAUAAUAAGUUAAGGGGAGCUGCAUCCCAAUGGGGGUUCUCCAGAGACCACAAGCUAAUUACUCAUCCACUGAAAAACAGAAUCUGGCUACAAUAUGUGUCUAAAGCAGCAGUUUUUUACAGCACACAGCAUACAAGGAUCAUCUAUAGACUGGGAAUAUAGUGUCAGGUUUCAUACCAGCUUCAAUUACUCAAAUAUAUUUGUUUUUUCUGGACGGUUUGUUCUGUAGAAAAUGUUCUGCUGACAGACAUUACUGAGCUAAGAAAAUCUCCCUCUUGGUGGCAUGGUGAACUUAGGUGCGAGAGGCAGGAUACACCCUGGAUAAGUCGCCAGUUCAACACAGGGCUGACAAACAACCAUUCACAUUCACACCUACGGGCCAAUUUUACAGUCACCAAUUAGCCUAACUUCAUGUCUUUGGACUGUGGGAGCUGGAGUACCCGGAGAAGCUACAAAGACACAGGGAGAACAUGAGAAACUCCAAACAGAAAGGUCCAGCCAAAGUUCGAAUCAGGAACCUUCUUGUGAGGCAACAGUGCUAACCACUGCUCCACCAUGCCGCCCACUACCUUGUAUAUUGAUCUAUUCAUUUAGUGGUUACAGAUCUUCAAGAUUUCCAACAACAACAAAAAAUUAAUUGGCAAACUGGGAAGAGGAAUGACUUUCUAAUUUGGGGAG